AUGUUUGCUAACCUGUGGGUUAUCAUGCAAACCGUCGGCUGGGUCCUCGCCCUCGAAGGCGUCGCAGAGUUCUUCUCAGACCGCCACUACCACAACAUGUUCCGCCGAAUCCUCCUCCUCUUCCUCGACCACGACCCCGCCAAACCCCGCGUCCCGGACAACUGGGAAGAGUGGGUGCACGAGGAAGCGCGGGAGAAGGACCUCGACUCGCUCAGGUCCGAGCUGGGCUUCACGGUCCCGCUGCUGAUGGAGUUUCCCAAGUGUUAUUGGAUCUGGAACUAUAGGUCGUGGCUGCUGCAGCAGGCUAUCGAACGGCUAGACCCCGCUGUUGCGAGACGUAUAUGGGAAGAGGAGCUGGGCCUCGAUACCAAGAUGCUGAGCAAGGAUCGCCGGAACUUCCAUGCAUGGGGCUAUCGAAGGAACGUCGUCAGCCAUCUCGAGAGUGCCGCACUCAACGGCAAGAGCAUGGUGGAGUCCGAGUUCGAAUUUACAACCAAGAUGAUCCGCGUUGACCUGUCGAAUUUCUCCGCGUGGCACAACCGUAGCAAGCUCAUCCCAAGGCUGUUGGAUGAGCGACGAGCCGACGAGGCCGCCAGAAAGAAAUUCUUUGACGAUGAACUGGCUUUGAUAAAAGAAGGCUUAAAUGUAGGGCCUGAAGACCAGUCACUCUGGUAUUAUCACCAGUUUUUGAUGCUGGAUUUGGUCGAACAUGCUUCGCGACCGACCAUCACGGCCAAUUUUACCAUGGAAGAAAGAGUGGACUACAUCACAGCAGAUAUAGUGGACAUCAAGGACCUCCUCGAGGACUAUGAUGACUGUAAACUGAUAUAUGAAGCACUCAUCGAGUGCACGUUGGCAUUGUCGACUUUGGAGAAACGAAAGCCGUUGGACGGUGAGGUGCUGGACCUGGAGACCUGGCUCUCCAAGCUGCAAGAGCUGGACCCCAUGAGGAGAGGUUGCUGGGAUGAUAUGAGAAGGCAAUUAGGCUAUCAAAUAAGGAAGCAAGAAGAAUGA